AUGGCAACAACAUUAGAGAAUAUCCCUGUGGAAUUACUCUAUCAAAUAUUUAUUUAUUUUCAAUUUCAUGAAGUAUUCAAUAUUUUUGCUAAUCUUAAUUCACGAUUUGCUGCUAUCAUAAAUAACAUUCCAUUUAUGCCCGUUUACUUGGGUCUCAGUGGAAUGAAUAUAGUAGUGACCGAAUUUUAUUAUAAAUAUUUAUCACAACCAAACAUUCAUAAUCAUCUUAUUUCAUUACAUGUCUCAGAUACAUUAGCUAUUGAUAAUGGCAUCUGGUUAGCUGAACAUGUAACUACAUUUACCAAUCUCCGUCAUUUAUCUUUAAUUGAUAUAAAACGUUCUUCUUUUGAAUUGAUUCUCAACUCAUUGUCAUCCAUUAAAUCCCUGAUCAUGUUUAGUGUACGUUAUUCAACUGUUUGUCGUGCUGUUUAUACGUUUUCAGGUGUGCCUGAAAGUGCGUAUUAUGAACGAAUUUUUCAUUUAUUUCCUUCAUUACGUGUAUGUCAUCUACUUUUUCGGCGAUAUAUACGUUCUACUCUAGACAGUCAAUUCGUUCUACCACUUGGCAGAACAUUUAUGCUGAUUCAAACCAAACUUUUAAAUUUACAAUCACUUGCAAUUUGUUCUUCACCUGGAUUUCUAUCGUAUUUAUUUGAAUUUCUUCCACAAUUGGAACAACUCAGCUAUACACAGACUACUUCUUGGCUACCUCGAGAACAUUCACUAAGAAAUAAUAAUAAGUGA